CGCGGAUGCGCAGGCUGGUCUGGAUCCAUGCUGGUCGCAAACUCAUUAUGUUGGUUUUGUCGUGACGCGGCUCAAUUAUGUUUAUAAUAUUUCAGGUGAUAAGCCAGUUACAAAAAUCAUGCGGGACGUGGCAACACCUUCUUACUGUCGACAACAAUGGAUACAUUUUAUUUGGAAAUUUUGAAAGCUUAAAGACAAGAGUUUUAAACGGGGCAAAAUUAAAAGUUAUUGCAAAACGAGGCGAUAUUAUACUUGCCUUUGAGAUCAACACUGUGCUUAGCAAUGAUCAAGUGAUAUGUGCCCAAUCAAUGAUGUAUCUUACUUUCGUGGGAAAAUGGACAUCGUAUUUUAUGUGUACCAAUGGUCGGGUUUAUACUGUUAAAUUUGUCAUGAACAACACAGAAAGUGAAUCUUUACCGGAACUGAAGGAUAUAAAGAAUAUAGAUUGGUUUGUGUUAGACAAUGUCUGCCAACGAGAAAUGUUAAAUGAAACUAGUAAGCCGCACAUGAGAUUUCACGAUCGGCACGUACCUUCAAUCACUGUUUUACAAUUCAAUGCUCUUUUUGCGAAAGUAAAUUAUCAAACAUUCCUGGACGUAGCUGAAAACUAUAUUGAGGUCAAUGCCUAUGGAGAGAUAUCAUCAACUUGUAUAAAUGGAGAAUUUGAACUUGACAAAGAUUUUGCUUGGAAAAGUUCUAAAUAUUACUUCUCACAUGCUGUUAAUGAACUGAGAUGUUCAAUAAAUAGACAUAUACCAUGUACAUACAGUGAACAUAGAGUGCACCAAAAUAUGUUUAUAAAUGAAAACUGGGAAGAGGCAUUUGUAACAACCCUUUCGGGAGAUGUAGAAUUCGGGAACUUUGAUCAUUUAAGGACAAAAAUUUUGCAAGGCAUAAUGUGA